UCUUGCGGUUGGCAGAUGUAGAUGCGUUCUAAUUGGUGGCUGCGCUCACUGCCUGUUUCCUUCCUGUGUGAACGGCUCCGGGGUGCAGGAUGUUGGUCUUAGUAUUAGGUGACCUGCAUAUUCCACACCGUUGUAACAGCCUGCCUGCAAAGUUCAAGAAGCUUCUAGUUCCAGGGAAGAUCCAACACAUUCUGUGCACCGGGAACCUCUGCACAAAAGAGAGCUAUGACUACCUCAAGACCCUGGCUGGGGAUGUUCACAUUGUCCGUGGAGACUUUGAUGAGAACCUCAAUUACCCUGAACAGAAGGUUGUGACUGUUGGUCAGUUUAAGAUUGGCUUGAUCCAUGGACACCAAGUAAUUCCAUGGGGUGAUAUGGCGAGCCUGGCUUUACUACAGAGACAGCUUGAUGUAGACAUUCUGAUUUCAGGACAUACGCAAAAGUUUGAGGCAUUUGAACAUGAGAACAAGUUCUACAUCAAUCCAGGAUCUGCAACAGGGGCCUAUAAUGCAUUAGAAAAUAACAUCAUUCCUUCCUUUGUACUGAUGGAUAUCCAAGCUUCCACCGUUGUUACCUAUGUGUACCAGUUAAUUGGAGAUGACGUGAAAGUAGAAAGAAUUGAGUACAAGAAAUCCUAAGCCGAAUCCCUUGAACUUUUCAUGGCCUUUAAUUUCCAUUCCCAUUCAUUCUUCAACCAGUUAUGACACAUAUACUGCAGCAGUUAUAGGCAGUCUAUUGUAAUAUCCUUAAUGAUGUUUGCAUUGUAAGAUAACAUUGAAUAUGCUGCAACAGUAGGCUUGUGGUAAACAAUUAUAUAUGAUAAUGAAAUUUACUUUGUGUACUGAAUGUGUGAAAAAUUAAAUACUUAUGUAUAAAAUUAGUCUUGUAAAUAUCUUAACAUUAAGCAUUAACAUUCACUGAAGUAUGUUCCAACUUUACAAUACAAAUUAAAACCUUGGAGACA